AAUUCACGGAUCGUGCACGCGCUUUUCUUUCGCCCCCGACCCUACCCACCCCCUCCCUACCUCCGGCCCGGCCAGUACCCCUCCGGUACCUCCUGCCCGCCAGCCAGACCACAGCCAGAUAACACUAAUUCCCACCAACGCCGCACGCGCCUCCUGCCAGCGCGCCCAGGUACCCAACGCGUACCUACCUUCCGCCUGCAUCGCUCGGCCACUGCCUGCGCUACAUCGCCCCAAUAGCAGUACCUUACUCAGCAUUCGCUGCUUGAGGCCGCAACAAAUCGCAUUCGCCCUUGCGCGCAUCUACUGCUCCGCGUCGCGACCAACCAUCCAUCCCAUCGCGCCCGCCCGCCCGAAAUCGCUGCGCAAAGCUCAGCAGCAUUUCUUUUCUUACUUGCAGCUGCCGCAAAAGCGACAACCGUCUUCUUCGGGCCCGUCCCUCCGCCGCCGCCGCCUCACGCGCCGUCACCCAUACUAAACGCGCCCGCCUUUAGGCUCCACCAGAGCUUUACCACUCGCCCGCCCGCGCACACGCACGAGAGCUUCACUGCGCCUCGACGUGUCGCUCCCUGCCUAGGCUCCCAUCCCAACCGCCGGGCCCGAGCUCAAAAGGCUGCCCACGGCUGCGCGCCCGCCCGCCCUUUCGUUCCGCCGGCUGCCCAGUCACCUGCGACGACUUCGCCGCACCCCAAAGCACUCGCCGCCGGCUGCCACCGAGUCGCAUUUCUCAGUGCAUCAUCGCCAUCUGCAUUGAAGCAUCAGCGCAUCAGUGCAUCAUCGCACCUGCCCGCCGCUGCGCAUCCCGCACCUCGCCACCGACGCCUGCACCCGCCCGUGCGCUUAAAGGCCCACCUUCGCUUCUUCUAGUCGCGUUGCGCCGCCUCCCAACUUAAACCUCUUUUCACCUGCGCGCCGUCCGGCGGCCCACUUUCGUCUCGUGCCGAUUUCAUGCCGCGCCGCGCAUCCUAAGUCCAUCAACACUGCUGCGCUGCCAUCGCGAAACGCAAUCAUGGCCUCGCCGGGUCCCGACGCCCCCGCGACAGAGGCCAAGUCUCCCGCACCCGUGCCUGCGCCCGCUGCAUCUGCCUCCGAGCAGACGCCCCAGCCUGAUGUUAACGGCCAUGUUCCCUCCGAAGAACCUACGACGAAACCCCAGCCAGACUUGGCGGUCCCGUCUGCCGCCGAGCAUCCCGCCGAAAAGGAUGUGCCCUCGCCCUCGCCUGCCGAGUCCCCGCAGCCUGAGGCCGAAAGGCCCUUGCUGAACGGCAACGGCUCGACGGGCGAGCACACCGAGGCCAACAAACCCGCGGCCGACGCGGACGCGAAACCUGCUCAGCCCGAAAGCUCGGCCGCGAGCAAGAGUCCGGCGCCGAAACCCGCAGAAAGCCCCGCGCCGGCGCCAGUCGAGGACCUGCCCAAGGCUGUGGCUGAUGAAGAAGCGCCCAAGGCUGCGGACCCCGGACCUAAGGUUUCUUCCCCGCAAGCGCCCGAUGAGCCUGCAGCCGCCCCGCUUCCCGCUGCGUCUGAAGAUGUCGAGAUGGCCGACUCUGCUCCGGUCAAGGAUGAGCGCGCAGAGCCUGCUUCCCAGGCCGCCGACGACAAGUCCGCACCUGCAUCUCCAGUCGCCAAGGAGCCCGCUCCUGACACAGAAAUGACUGACUCCCGGGUGGAGGACCCAGCCACCGCUAAGCCAGAACACGUUGACGAGCCUAUUCCUUCGCAAGAUGCUGCCGCCCUCCCGAGCUCCGAGGUCGACCUGGGUCCCGCUCGCAUGUCUCAACUCGCCAUUGAAACCGACGAUAAAGACACAUCUCUUGACGUGUCCAUGACGGAGGCACCCAGCACCAAGGUGGCCCGGGAGCGCGAGGAGGACACCACCGAGGAACCUGCGCCGAAGCGCGCGAGGACAGAGCCCAAGGAGGACGAGCCCGCAGAUAAAGAGACAUCCGCGGCACCCGCCGAUGCCACGGGCGACGUCAUCAACGCCGCCCCUGACGUACCACUCCUCGACAUGACGGCUGUAACUAGCUUGACGCGGUGGACCGACGCCGACACGAACGCUGCGACCAUAACCCCCUUUCAGCGCCGCGAGAUCCGCAAGGUGAUUGGCCGCGUCAAGAAGACCAAGUCGGGGGGGCACUUCCGUGACUCGGUCCAGAAGCUCUGGCCGCAGGUGUGGGAGGGUUAUGCCGCGCGCAUUGAGAAGCCCAUGGACUUAAGUGAGGUUGACCGGUCCGUGCGGGACCCCAACAGCCUCAUCGCGACCUGGGGCGACUUCAAGUCCACCCUCGCCCUUAUCUUUGAGAAUGCCAUGGAUUUCAACGGCCCGGACCACACCAUUACGGCCGCGGCUGCGCACGCCGUGAAGCUGGUGUGGGAAGACGUCGUUACGAUCCCGGCCGAAGAGCCCGUUAAGCCCAAGGCGGUGCCCAAGCCCAAGCCCGUGCGUGAGUCCCGGACUGUCUCUAACGCCGACGCUGUCGCACGGCGACAGUCUGCUGGGCCGGCGGGCAGCCCAGACGCGCCCGCUCCUGCCGCCCCGACGCAGGAGGCGCCCGUCGACCGCCGCAGCUCGACAGCCACCGACGGUGACAGGCCCAAGCGGACCGUGCGGGCGCCGAAGCCCAAGGACAUCGACUACACCACGAAGCCAUCGCGCAAGAAGCUCAAGCCGGAGCUGCAGUUUUGCGACGAGGUCCUGACAGAGCUGAUGAGUCCCAAACACCACAACAUCAACAAGUGGUUCACGGAGCCCGUGGACGCCGAGGGCCUGGGCAUCCCGUCGUAUUAUAGCGUCAUCAAGAAGCCGAUGGACCUCGGCAAGGUGCAGCGCAUGCUAGCUGGUGGCGACAUCUCGAGCUUUAAGGAAUUUGAUAAGAACGUGCGGCUCGUGUUCGAGAACUGCUAUAAGUUCAACGGGCCUCCGGAGCAGGGCAACCCCGUGUCGGGGCUCGCCGCGCAGCUCGAGGAUCUGUAUGUCGGUCAGGUGAAAAACAAGGACUCGUGGCUGGCCAAGCACGCCAAGUCCAACGCGCCGGCAGCGACGGCCUCCAACGCCAGCGACGAGGACGAGGAUGAGGAUGAGGGUGACGACAACGCCGCGCAAGCGGCCGCGGCCGCCAACAAGGACAUGGAGGAGCUCAAGGCCAGACUGGACGAGGAGACGCAGAAACUCAACGGUUUGCUCCUCAGCGGCAACCAAUCCAUCAUCACUAUGCAGCAGCAGAUUGUGCAGACGGUCCAGACACUGGUCAUUGAGGCAGCCCAGAAGGCGCAGCAGGCCCGUGUGAAGCCGGAGAAGCCGGCCAAGAAGACCAAGGCCGGCAAGCCCAAGGCUGCGGGCGGCGCAGGUCGGAAGUCGACAGGCGGUGGCGGCGACAAGCCCAAGAAGGCUGCCGGCUCCAAGAAGGCCGCCUCGAGAAAGGACUUGUCGCCCGACGAGAAGAACCAGAUUGCCAACGCUAUUAACGACCUGGACUCGCCGCACCUCGAUCAGGCCAUUGACAUCAUCAAGCACGACACUGGCCAGAAUGUAAGUGGAUACGUACCGUUGAUGUGGGCUGAAUUGGGAUACUAACUUGAUCCAAUAGGAGAACAAGGACGGCGAAUUGGAGCUGGACAUUGACCAGCUCAGCAACGCGGCGUUGUUCAAGCUCUGGGACCUGUGCAAAAAAGCGCUCCCAGGCUUCGGUAAAGACUCAGCCGCAGCUCCCAAUUCGUCGCCAGAGGUUAACCGGGCCGCCGCCAAACAGGCUCCUAAGACGGCAGCGAAGCCCAAGAAGAACAAGCCCAUGAGCGCCAAGGAGCAAGAGGCGCGGAUCGCGGAGCUCAACGCCCUUCGGCAGCUGUACAAGUCGGGUCAAGAGCCUGCGGACGCUCAGAAGGUGGCGCAGACGCCCGUGGCCAUGGAUGCUGCCGAUUCGAGCGAUGACUCGGACUCGGAGGAGGAAUGAAGAGACUGCUGCGAGGAACGCUGUAUGAAUAUAAAACGACAUGAGCAAGGAGCUGGCGUUGGUGGGUUUCUGGACUUGAUCUUGGAGAGAGAGGGGGAGGGAGAGGGAGAGAAGAGGAUAAUCGCCGGGCGGUGGCAGACGCGAGUCGUGCACCACCCGUACGCGGCGUAUUGGCGGGCGCAAGCCCUCAUUUGGGCGGGAUGCGGAUGGCUCUGCCGGCGCAGCUGGUUUGGCUUCGGUUCUUUUGGUCAGCAGGCCUUUUUCCAUUUCGCUUUCCUUGGCUGGGCCCACACGAGUCGUCGGACAUGGUUCUGACGGUGGGAGCAAAAGCACUGGCACGGAGUUUGGUCGAGAGGCGGCCGGAUGGGGAGGCCCCGUCGGGCGCGGCCAUUGCCGCUUCGGACUGGAAGGGCGCGAGGUUAGCAGUGGGCGCCUCGGACAAGCAGCAUCUGUAGGGUUGAAUGUAUUAUACCACCAAGAGCGUCACGGUGCCUACGAUGCUGUGUUGUGCGUUGCAGCGUCUCGACGGCACGGCACCGGAGGAGACAUGUCCAUUCAUGGCACCAUGUUCAGAUGUCGUGCGGCUUCUCGACAGCCACCUUUUGUGGCUGGCGGCGUGCCACCAUCGUGGUCAGACGGAAUGAAGGCCAGGUCCAGGAACCUGGGUUCAGCAAGUAUUGUUGCGUAGACCGCAGUUGUCGACCGCGUUGUCAGCGACUAUUGCUGCUGAUCAUGGCCCGCUCAUCCUCCUGGAAGAAACAUGUCAGCAUGCGUGCCGGAUGAGAUGAGGAACGGGCAGCAGCAGCAGAAGGCAAGGAGGCAGGAGGAGAGGGGUUUCACCGACCAAGUUCCAUGGCUCGGCCCCUCCUCGAGCAGCAUGUCGAAGAGGGGGGGGGGGGGGCAGCCCGUUGGAGGUGCAUAGUAGUCGCCUUGAGCAUUGAGCAUGCAACGCAAGGGUCAACUGAAGGGUGGG